CGGCUGGCUCGAUUCCGCCGCCGGCAAAGCCACCAAGAACUCCGCCGAGAAGAAGAGGCGACGAGAGUGACAGGCCGAGGAGGGAGGGGGAUUCGAGGAUCGCAUGCGCCGUGCCGCCGCCGCCGCCGUGACGGUGACGACGACGACGAGGAUGGCGGCGGAGGGGAUGUCCACGGCCGCCGCGGCAGCGGAGGCGACGGCGACGGCGGCGCCCGCGGCGGGGUCGAGGUGGGGGAGGGCGUGGCCGUCCGCGCUGCGCUGGAUCCCGACCUCCACCGACCGCAUCAUCGCCGCCGAGAAGCGGCUCCUCUCCAUAGUCAAAACUGGCUAUGUCCAAGAACAAGUUAACAUUGGCUCCUCUCCACCCGGAUCAAAAGUUAGAUGGUUUAGAUCAUCAAGUGAUGAGCCAAGAUUCAUCAAUACUGUAACAUUUGAUAGCGAAGAAAAUGCUCCCACCCUUGUCAUGGUCCAUGGGUAUGGUGCUUCACAGGGUUUCUUCUUUCGAAACUUUGAUGCCCUUGCAAGCCGUUUCAGGGUGAUUGCCAUUGAUCAGCUUGGUUGGGGUGGAUCAAGUAGACCUGACUUCACUUGUAAAAGUACUGAAGAAACUGAGGCAUGGUUCAUAGAUUCCUUUGAGGAAUGGCGCAAAGCAAAGAAUCUCAGUAAUUUUAUAUUGCUCGGUCACUCUUUUGGAGGAUAUGUUGCGGCAAAGUACGCUUUACAGCAUCCUGAGCACGUCCAACACUUGAUCUUGGUCGGCCCUGCUGGCUUUUCAUCAGAAACAGAGCAUAGCUCUGAGUGGUUAACCAAGUUCCGAGCUACAUGGAAAGGCAUGCUAGUGAAUCAUCUAUGGGAGUCCAAUUUUACUCCUCAAAGAAUAGUGAGAGGAUUGGGUCCUUGGGGACCAGGCUUAGUUCAGAGAUAUACCAGUGCCAGAUUUGGCUCACAUUCAACAGGUGAAUUACUAACAGAACAGGAAUCCACAUUACUGACAGAUUACAUUUACCAUACUUUGGCUGCCAAAGCUAGUGGAGAGUUGUGCUUAAAACAUAUAUUUUCCUUUGGGGCAUUCGUGAGGAAACCUCUUCUGCAAAGUGCAUCCGAUUGGAAAGUGCCAACUACUUUCAUAUAUGGCCAACAAGAUUGGAUGAAUUACCAAGGUGCACAGCAAGCACGGAAAGAAAUGAAAGUCCCCUGUGAGAUCAUCAGAGUUCCACAGGGAGGACAUUUUGUGUUCAUAGAUAAUCCUUCGGGGUUCCACUCCGCGGUCUUCCACGCAUGCCGCAAGUUUCUAUCUGGAGAUGGAGAGGAAGGCCUCUCUCUUCCUGAAGGCCUAACAUCGGCCUGAGAUGGCGUCUCGUACGACAAUCUCAUCAUAGCAACCCAGCACGAUUGAUGGAAAAUACUGUGACCGUUGUCGCCGUCUUGUUUGUGUUUACACGAGUUGCGUCAACAUGUAUCAUGUAGAUAUAUAUACACAUGUGUACAAUUGUACAAGUAGUGAGAAACACACGCAUUGCUAUGAAAUACGAAAGUCAAUUUCCAUGUUACAUUAGUGCAAAUUAUAUAUACGAAGGUCGAUUUGUGCU